GUUUGUGCGUAUACUACUCUACAACACACUGUUCGGUCUUGUCCAUCAGCAGAGACCCAUGGAUAAGAAACAACUACCCGCUGUCGUCGUCGAAUCGACUUCAGUCAUAGCUUUUGACACACCACCUACCGCGGGAGCACGUCUCAUAGCAAAGCAGUGGUUCCGAACGAGUAUUGCUGUUUUCAUCAUUUGCACGCUCUAUUCCUGCGUGCAGUCCUACUCCCCACAAGAGGGGGCUCACUUAGCUCAGGUGGACCAAGAUUUGCUUCAGGGCUAUCUUCAAAAUGUUGGUAAAGGCUGCAAAGAUCCUCUGUGUGGUAGGGAGGCGGAGACACUGUUCUUGUCUAUUCCAAACGAAGAGAGCGCGCUUGCGACCUCCUGUUUAUUCACUUCGGAGCCUCAUAUGGCUGGCACAUCUGGAGACUUUGAAAGUGCAAAGUCGUUUCUCGCCAUCCUCCAGGGCGAACUGGGCAUCGAACCACUUCCAGGUGACCUACCCAUCUUUCGCGCGGGAACCAACGAGUCUCGUUCAGCUACUUUGGAUAUAUCAUCCUACACAAAACCGAUGGCGUGGAUUGAUACCUAUUUUCCCAUAUUAAAUACCCCUCUGAAUCAUAGCCUGGAGAUCCUCGGGACGCAUGGCAACCCUGUCUGGGUUGCGGAACUAGAAGAAGUGUCGGAUGAGGCAGAUCCGUACGCUGCCAUGUAUGCGACAGCUACACCAGCUUGGCACGGCUUAAGUCGAGGUGGUGAGGCUUUGGGAAAGUUAGUAUACGCUCAUUAUGGCCGAAAGCAAGAUUACGAUGCACUUCUUGAGGCUGGGGUCGAUUUCACGGGGAAAAUUGUGCUCACUCGUUAUGGCGGUAAUUUCCGUGGACUAAAGGUGAAAAGGGCGCAGGAGUUAGGUGCUGCUGGGGUCUUGAUAUAUUCAGACCCGCGAGACGAUGGUACUGUCACCUCAAAGGACGGAUAUAAAGCAUACCCCCACGGCCCUGCACGGAAUCCCACUUCUGUUCAGCGUGGUUCCGUCCACUUUAACUCGCUUUAUCCUGGCGACCCUACGACUCCUGGUUACCCCUCGUAUGAAGACAGCGUGAGAACGGAGGGAUUGAGCAGGCCCACUAUCCCCAGUCUCCCUAUUUCGUGGAAAAACGCCGAAGUACUGUUGAAAUGGUUGGACCACACUGAAGAACCCGUCGUACGACUCGUUAAUAAUGUUGACGACAAAAUUACGCCCAUUUGGAAUGUGAUGGGUGUCAUACCUGGCCACAUUAGAGACGAGGUCGUUGUCGUCGGUGGUCACCGCGAUGCCUGGGUUCUUGGGGCAUCUGACCCGUCGUCUGGUAUAACCUCUAUGCUCGAGGCCGUUCGGGGCUUCGGCCAAUUAUUAACGAAAGGCUGGAAACCACUACGGAGUAUUGUAAUCGCUAGUUGGGAUGCGGAGGAGUUUGGUCUUAUAGGUAGCACCGAAUGGGGCGAGGACUUUACCGAAUGGAUUAGAGAUCAUGUCGUUGCCUACGUGAACAUAGAUACGUCCGUGUCUGGGUCGCGUCUCAGGACAUCCGCGUCUCCUUUACUAGCUCAUCUUCUCAUGCAGACAGCAAUGCAAAUCCCACAUCCCACAUCCGAAGGGAGGACUCUCUGGGAUGCUCGUAACGACAGAGGCGCACUUUUUGGUGACAAUUUUGACAGUGAAAUCUUAAACAUGGACCACGCUGCCCACUUAUCCGUGGAUAAUCUCGGGGUCAGGCCAUUAGGCUCCGGCAGUGACUACACUGUUUUUCUUCAGUACAUUGGAGUGCCGUGUGCAGAGGCAUGCUUUACGGCCACUCUGCAUGAUCCGGUGUAUCACUACCAUUCUGUCUUCGAUACCCAAAGGUGGCAAGAGCUGUACGGUGAUCUUACGUUCUCUCGGCAUGUUGCCAUUGCGAAGCACAUAGGUCUCCAGGUCUUACGUCUGUCAGGGGACUUCGUUCUUCCACUGAAUACCACACACUACUCCCUGCAGUUGGAAGCUUACGUGGAUCAGGUCGUGACUUUAGCAACUGCUGCCUCUGUCGACGUUGAUUUCUCGCCGCUGCGCCACUCGAUCCAUAAUUUGCAGGCGGCAAGCCUCAACCUUGAUAUCGAAAAGGCUAAGGCGGAACACAAAUCUAGAGCAGCUCUGAGAUCCUUGGUGCGAUAUGGACAGCGUUGUUUCCCACCAGGGACUGGGUUCUGGGAGCGGAGACUUUUGAGGGUCCUAAAGCGUGCGAAAGUGAUUAACCGGAAGUUGAUCGCGUUUGAGCGUGCUUUCAUCUCGAAGGACGGUAUCAAGGGUCGUGAGUGGUUCAAACAUCUUGGUGUGGCUCCGGGAAAGUGGUUAGGUUAUGGUGCUACGACACUUCCGGGUAUCACGGAGGCUAUCACUUUGGACGGUGAUCCCAUGGCAGUUGCUCACGAGAUUGAAAGGUUGAAGGGUGUAAUCGACAACUUGGUUGAAGAGAUUCGUGUGCAUACCUGAGACACACAUACCAAGACCUCAUCUUGUAUUCUAGAGUUGAGUUUAACUAGUACGGGAUGGUUUGCAUAGGUUUGGUAUCAUGAAAUGGCCAACAGGUUACUAUUGCUAGGCUCCC